AGAGAGGGAGAGGCAGCGAGUUCACACCAGGCGAGAGGGAGGAGAGAUCCAAUCGACAAGAGCCUGGAGAUCGAGCCGGGACCCUGGGCACUGACAUAUCAAACAGAGUCAUCGGGAACCUCGCAUUGCCAUUCCGAUCGAAGGAGCCUGACACUGAUCGGCGGUCACUGGGGAUCGUAGAAACAGCGCAGCCCCCGGAAAGCGGGGCAGCUCGAGCGAGCCCCUAGCCGCUGGUGCCAGAGGUCAGGGUUGGGGGUUCGAGAGGUGGCUCUCCCCAAACCCCCGCCCGAGCUUCAACAGCUGGAAGAUCCCAAGUCCGGAAUCCCCCGUGUCUCGGCCACUAUGGAUAUCCUUGAUAACUUCGGGGCAGAAAAACUCUUCGCAGCUUCGAGCCUUGUGGAUUUGGAGGAUUUGAACGAAGCUGAUUUUCUCAGCAAUGUGCAUUUUUCAGAAAACUUGGAUGAUUUCUCCAAUGAGCUGUUCAGUAGUUUCUUUGAUGACCCGCUGCUGGUUGAGAAGAACCCUUUACUGGACAUGGAGCUUGACCCAGCCACGCCAACCAUCCAGGCAGAGCACAGCUACUCCUUAAGUGGGGACUCUGCCCCUCAAAGUCCACUCAUGCCAAUCAAAAUGGAUGAAUUCAGCAAAGAAACUGAUGGUGGACUUUGGGCUCUUGGCCCCGACCUGACCCACAUCAUGAUUAAGCAGGAACCAAAUCUGCUGACGGAGUCCUGCUGUGCCUCUUCAUCAGCUCAGACAUCAGCCCCUUCUGCAGAGCACAUGGCCUCUGGACAACUGACAAACUCAACAGAAGAACCUGUUCAUACAGAACCAAGCACAGUGCCUCAGAUCAAAGUGGAACCCAAAGAACCCAAUCAGUUCCUCAGUGUCCACACAGACAUGCAGCUGCCGCCCACACCUCCAAGCAGCCACAGCAGUGACAGCGAUGGAUCGCAGAGUCCCCGGUCCCUCCCACCAUCCAGCCCAGCCCGGCCACAGGCUCGGUCAUCCAGUGCCAUCUCAACGUCUCCUCUUCUCACAGCUCCUCACAAGCUCCAGGGGACGUCAGGCCCCCUGCUGCUCACUGAAGAGGAAAAGCGGACCCUGAUUGCUGAGGGCUACCCUAUUCCUACCAAGCUGCCUCUCACAAAAGCAGAGGAGAAAGCUCUCAAGAGAGUUCGAAGAAAAAUAAAGAACAAGAUUUCUGCUCAGGAGAGCCGGAGGAAGAAGAAGGAGUAUGUGGAUAGUUUAGAAAAAAAGGUAGAGACUUAUACUUCAGAGAAUAAUGAGCUCUGGAAAAAAGUGGAGACUCUAGAAAAUGCAAAUCGGACUCUACUGCAACAGCUGCAGAAGCUGCAAGCACUGGUGGCCGGGAAAGUGCCUCGCCCCUGCCGGGUGGCAUCGACACAGACAGGAACCUGCCUGAUGGUUGUGGUGGUCUGUUUUGUCCUUGUUCUGGGUUCCUUCAUGCCCUGUCUCCCUGAAUUUUCAACUGCCUCUCAGACAGUCAAAACAGCUCCACUCUCUGCUCCUGAUGUCUAUACAACGAGUCAGAUUCGUUCCAGGAGCCUGCUGUUUUAUGAUGAGGGCUCGUCCCUGGACGAUCACUAUUCCACACUCUUCCCAGUGGAGAGCAGGGAACCAGCAUCCAGGGAGUUAAGAGAGGAGAAGAGGUCACAUGACAGAUCAAAUGAUUACAUCACCUGGUCGCAGGAGGUGUCCAAAUAUCUAAGCGAUGCCCAAAUGGAGGUGAUCAACUCCAAUAAGACUGACCACAGGAAGUUGGUCCAGGAGAAAGAACAUCAUGAGAGGUGGGCAUCAGCGACUGUAAUCACAGCAAAAUCUUUGUAACUGGACAACCCUUUAACCAGCCCUUCUGAUGUAGAGAUACUUCUGUUCUGCAAGCCUUAAAUGUUCAGUGUUUCUGUGUGUGUGUGUGUGUGUGUGUGUACUUACACGUCUGCAAGUGUGUACGUGUGUGUGUGUGUGUGAGUGAGUGUGGGGUGCAUACCCCGUGUGCACGCGCACCAAGGUGUGCACCAAUGUAUGAAUGUUUCCAUUAGCUGUGUCUAUGUAAGAUUGUUUGCAUAAGAUUCUGUAUUCAUUGCAAUUUCUAAACCACAUUCCAACACCAAAGUCCCGUAUUCCUUACUAUGCUCCCUGCUGCCUUUGCCAUGUAACUUGCUACAUAUUCUACACUCUUCAUUAUCGUCAUCUUUGGUUCCUCUUGCUUUGUUCCUUGCCAUUAAUUCUAAAUUCUUCACGAUCCUCAUUCCAUUCAUCGUUGUUCUCUAUGAACCUUUUCCUUCUGCAUUUACUAAUAUCUGUCUCACCAUUCUCACCCUUCCUCACUAAUCUUCCCUCAACACUCACCAAAACAUGGAAUAUUUUGCCAUUCCCCCAGUCUUAGCAAAAUUAUUCAUUCUCCCCGUAUUGCUGCCUUGUUUCCCGCCCCACAUGUUCCUUUCUGCCCUUUGCCCACCUAUUGCUCAUCAUCUGUUUGUCUCAAAAAACUCCUGGUUCAUCACCGUGCAUCAGGAUUCUUAUGGUGACCGCGAAGCACGAUGUAAGUUGGGCUUGGGGUUUCGUAUUAUGUACAGGAUGCUUCACACACAUCUGUAUGAUGUGAUCAUCACUUGCACAAGCAAGACGGCACAAAGCUUGAGAGCGAAGUGUGCAAGUGACAAAGUGAAACACGUAACUGGAACUAAAAAUCGCAUCAUGCAAAUAUCAAAGAAGCAUCCUAUUGUUACACUUGUGCAGUGAGUUUUAUCAACAAAUAAAAAUCACUAAGGUGGCUCAGAUAAAUGGGUAUUGGGAUCAGGGUGGGUGUUGAGGGUCGUCACUGUUUCCUACAACAACAUGUUAAUAUUUCCACAGUCUUGUAAUGCGCAACUAUAUGUCAGAUAAUGAAGAGUGUGGUAAAAAUAUACAGCUAACAUG